AUGAAGCUACGAAUAGCCUCUGCAUGGCACACCCUCGCCGUUCUGCUUCUGCUGGGCGGAGCAGCCCAGGCUUCAUUGGGUGACAGACUGCCCGAUUUCAAGGACUGUGUUCAAGUGUGUAAAGAAGCCAAUUGCGGUCCAGAUGGCACGUCAAUACCCUUCCACCGCCGCCUGCUCCUCUGGGACUGUCCCUCAGAAUGCGACUACACGUGUCAGCACAUCAUAACCACCCAACGCCUCGCGCGCGACCCUCCCUACAUGCAACCCAUCUACCAAUUCCACGGCAAAUGGCCCUUCUACCGCUUCAUGGGCAUGCAAGAGCCGUUUAGCGUCAUCUUCUCCCUCUUCAACUACCUCGCGCACGACUGGGGCAUGUCGCAGCUCCGCGACAAGAUUCCCGCGUCGUACCCGCUGCGGAAAUACUACCUGUGGUUUGGCUACGUGGGCCUGGCGAGCUGGACGUUCAGCAUGAUAUUCCAUACCAGAGACUUUGGGGUCACGGAGAAGCUGGACUACUUCGCUGCGGGCGCGAAUGUUCUGUAUGGGCUGUACUAUGCGCCCAUCAGAGUGUUCCGACUCGACAGGAAGGAGCCGAGGAAACAGAGCUUGCUGAGGCUCUGGACGGGACUGUGCAUUACGUUGUAUACGUUGCAUGUCUUGUACCUCUCGCUCUGGUCCUGGGAUUACACGUACAACAUGGCUGCCAAUGUCGCUGUUGGUAUCGUGUCCAACCUGCUUUGGAGCGGCUUCAGUUACGUUCAGUAUCAGAAGAUUGGGAGGACCUGGGCUGUCUGGCCGGGUCUGUGUGUUGCCUGGAUCAUCUUGGCUAUGAGCCUGGAGCUGUUGGACUUCCCGCCCUGGAUGGGCAUGGUUGAUGCGCACAGCCUGUGGCAUCUGGGUACGGUGUUGCCGACCGUUUUGUGGUACAACUUCCUCAUCAGAGACGCUCAGGAAGACAUUGCAGGUACGCGCCUCAAGGAUUGA